UACAGCCCUAAUACUGCUCCUCGACACCUCGUCCAUCUUCUCCUCUUCCAAUUCUAGCUCUUCUCCAUUAUGGCAGCACCGUGGCUCCAUACUGCUUCUCUGCUGGUCUUACUGGCCAUGUCGUGCCCCGGCUCCCAAGCCUUUGCCUCACAGCACCUGUGUGGCUCUCACCUGGUCGAUGCCCUUCACCUGGUCUGUGGGGAGAGAGGUUUUCUCUACAUGCCCGGGAGAGUCAACAACCCUGUGCCGCGUUUAUUCCCUCCAAAGGAAGGCAGAGCAGCAUCAGUGGGCAGUGAGAGCGAGGUCGCUGAGUUUACCUCCCAGGACCAGAUGGAGAUGAUGGUGAACCGAGGCAUUGUGGAGCAAUGCUGUCACAGGCCCUGCAGCCUCUUUGACCUGGAGAACUACUGCUACUGA